GAAGGCUAUGGCGCGUAUCAGCCUGGAGGACCUGGACGGGCUGGGCGAGGAGGAGGAAGAUGAUGAUGAUGAUGGCGGCGGCGGCGGCGAGGAGGAGGAGGAGGAGCGUGGCCGCUUGUUCGCCCACUGGGAGGCGGUGGCCAGCACACACCGAGUGAGUUUGCCCCGAGGUGAGCGCUGGCGGCCCCCCCCCACCCCGGGGACCCGCCAGGCCGUGCCCUACGUUACCCUCUCACAGCAGGAGAAGUGCGAGGAAGCAGCCUUUGAGGAGCGGCGGUACCCAGCUGGGAAGUGGGCGUGUGUCACCAAGGGGGAGCCCAUGUAUGAGCAGAGCAUCUCCAUGAGCUUCAUGAAGCUCAUGCGCUACAUCUGCAAGGAGAACUCUGUAGGUUGCUACCUGGGCAUGACAGUCCCGGUCCUCAACGAAAUCCACCUGACCAAGGAGGGGACCCAGCUGGAGCGGGAGGUCGUCACCGCCUAUUAUCUCCCGGGAGAGUUCCAGCAAAACCCUCCUGUUCCUACGGACCCCGAAAUCCACAUCACCGAGAGGGCACCGCUCCGGGUUAUAACCAGGGUUUUCUAUGGGAUGACCACCGAGGAGACGAUUCUGCGAGAGAUCGGUCUCCUCUGGGAGCUCCUGGGCUCCACAGACGCUGUGCUCCGGGAAACCUACAUCGUGGCUGUUUACGAAAACCCCAGCGUCCCUCAGCGCCGCAACGAGAUCUGGUUCAUCUGCCGGGCGGAGUGAGAGUGUGUGUCCCCCCCCCCUUCUCUGUGACCGCAAACCGUCCUGCGACUGGACCUGGUGUAGAUGGCAGUUCUGACCCAAAGGAGACGAAUGCACAUCCCGACCCACCAUCCACCCACAAAACGACAGACGGGGAGAACCGCGGGGUGGGUUUGCGCUCUGCCGGGGCGGGGGGGGGGCAGAAAAAACCCCAACUGGUCUUCUUGCACUUCACCUACUUCCGCAGGGGCCAGCUGAGGCUGGAGCUGGCACCGGGGAGAGCCUCUGCAGCAGGCUCCUGGUGGGAAGCACGUGGUGGGGGGCUCGUGUAAGGCCGUGAACGGUGUGGGCUUGUGCAAUGUGCUGGCCUGACCUGGGCUGCUGCUUCUCAGCUCUGAGUUGAGGUGGCAGAGCUGUGCCAGGCAGGCUGGUGGAGCUCGUGGACGGCGGAGUCGCCAGGUGAUGGUGCGUAGAAGGCAAACGACUGCGUACGAGGUGUGGGGCUCUGUCUGGGCUCCAAGAACGGCUUCCUGUCCCGAACAGAGCCACUGAAAUGCUGCUACAGGGACGGUAGGGUUUGAAGGGGGGGGGAAAGGGCUCGCCGCAAGCGAGAUGUGGAUCCUGAACGUUUCCUGCUGGGGUGGCUCUCUUUGGACUUCUUGGCUGCCUCCCUGGUUGUCACUCACCAUCCCUCAGCCAGGACCGGGGCGCUGGCAGCCUUUGUCCGUCCGUUGUGGGUGCUGUUUGGCAGACCCUGCUGCGAGCCAAGGGGGACGGGUCCCGACGGCGGCAGCGGCGGCACUGCCCUGCGUUGCGUUGUGCAUCGAUCAGCGAGUUUCACAUUCACCGAUACCGUCACGCUUUCCUGGGGGAAGCUGGCAGUGCCAACAGUAAAUAAACCCAGCUCCAACCACU